UGCUCUGGUCUGGACGGGGUCCCGUGUCGAGACACGUCUCGUCGCGUGCCUGUUUCGGCUUCGGUCUCGCAGUUUCUCUCGAGCCGCGUUCACCGGACGUGAAGUUUCACCGCCGCGACCCGCCCGAACGGACGGACGAACGGACAGAAACGGGCAGGAGGAAAUUCGACGAGCGGUUGAUAUAACGGACGGCACGAUCGAUAGGUGUGUUAGAUGUUGUCUCGAGGUCGAAGCGUCACGAUCGUUCCGCGGUGGCACCGGUGGCGGCGUCUCGAUUGAAACGAGUCCCAUUUCGCGCGGGAUUUCCGUCGCGACUGGUUGCCUGCUGUUCGACUAGACGCACACGGUUACACAGUGCGCGUCUCUCUCUCUCUCUCUUUCUCUUUCUUUCUUUCUUUCUCUUCCUCUCUAUCUUCUCUCUCCCUUUCUCGCUCUUUCCCUCUAUCCCCGUUUCUAUCUGUCUGUGUUCACUGUUAACCAAAAAAUGCGAACAGUGUCCCAAGGACCUCCCUGUAUUCCGUGAGUCGCGUGGCACCGAUUCGCGCGAGCCGGCGCCGCGACGCGACGCGCCGCACCGUGAGAUCAUCGUCGAUCGUCGCGACUCGAUAGUCGCGUCGUCGUCGUCGCCGUCGCCGUCGCCGUCGUCGUCGCACAGACUGACGAACCGAAUAGCGGAGAAGGCCAGCGGAGGAGAAUAAAAAGAGGAGGAUCGUCGAUUACCGAUCGGAAGCGCGACGCGUGCACGCGUGCACCGUAUCCUCGUGCGGGGAUCGAGCCAGUGCGGAGACGGGCCCAGUCGGUUUUUGAAAGGAGCCGCCGUGACGGGAGAGGAUCGUGCGCGUAAACGAUCGAACGUUUUCAGCCAACGGUGUGUAAAUGACGAGGCCGGCGGGUAGGAGGUGCCGGACGGAUACGUGGUAGAAACGGUACGAGGCGGCGGCCGAUAUUCGGAGGAAAACGCAGUCGCUUCGGGUGUCGAGGAACCGACCGAAAGGAGGCAGAUGAGAUGUGAAGCACGAGGACUACGCGGCGCGGAGCUGCCCGGACCCAAGCCGGAAGUCGAGAAGCCAAAGCUGACGAAGGCGGCCGGAGGACAGGCGGCAGGACAGGCGGCAGGUCGGACGGCUACCUGGCGGGGGCCGCCUGAGAUGACGACCCUGCGACGGGGUAUCCUGGCACCCCGGUACAACAUCUACGUCCUGGUUUCACUGAUCGGACUAUUGCUGCAGACCCAGACCGCGACGGGCGGCAUGUGCUGGUCUUCCAUCAGCAAUGGUCGUUGCAAGGAGUUGCUGUCGCAAGGGGUGACAAAGGACAAUUGUUGCGCGUCGAACGCAGCGGCAGCGACCGCCUAUUCCGAGGAGGACCUCGACAGUGGAAGUCUUUUUUUUUGGCAAGUUCUCGGCGGAGGAGUGCAGUGCCGUCCUUGCAGAGAGAGCUGCGCGGAAGUGAGGUGCGAGGCUGGUAAAAAGUGCGUGGUGCGUAAGGGAAGGCCGCGGUGCGUCUGCAGCCCCGAGUGCAAGGCGCCGAGAGGCGGUGGUCCGGUUUGCGGAACGGACGGCAAGAGUUACAAAAAUCUCUGCAGGCUGAAGAAACGCGCUUGCAAGAAGGGCAGCCACGAGCUAGCGGUCGCCUAUAACGGCCACUGCCAAAGUUCGUGCGCACGGGUCCGAUGCGGCCAAGGCCGGAGCUGCCUGUUGGACCAGAACCUGAGCCCGCACUGCGUGAGGUGCGCCCGCAGGUGCCCACAGCCGCCCCCGCAACAGCGAGCCGCCGCACGCCCCGUUUGCGGGGCCGACGGAAACACCUACAAGAGUGCCUGCCACCUGCGACUCGCCGCCUGCCGCGCAGGUCGCGCCAUUCCCGUCGCCUAUAAGGGCCACUGCAAACAGAACGCAGACUGCACCACGAUUCGUUGCCGCGAGGGGCAGACGUGUCUGUCGGAAAUGAAGUCGGGCCGACCACGUUGCGUGACCUGCACCUAUCGCUGUCCCCGGAAGCGGGAGCGGGUCCGGAACCGGACACACCGUGAUCGAGAUCCGUCGGCGACCAUGUUGUGCGCCACCAACAAUAUCACCUAUCCCAGUUGGUGUCACAUCGUCAAGGACGCCUGCGCUACCGGCUUCGUCCUCGAGACGCGACACGCCGGCCCCUGCAACGCCUACGACACCUCUCCUUUUUACAUUGAAGAGGACAACACCUCGAGCAACUAUGGCGUCGAUCUGGCGGACGAGGACGCGAGAUUCGAGGACACAGAAUCGGAGUCCUUAUCGUACAACGGGCAGACGCAUCGCUCCCUGGCGUUGUCGUAUCGGACGUUAUUAGUUUUGCAAAUAACAUGGACUUUGAUACUGUAUGAAUUUUUGGGUUUGAUAUUCGCUAUUCAACGUGUUAAAUAUCGAGGGCAAGAGAACAAAAUUUUACUUAACAGUAUAGCAAGUGAAUUGAUAAGUAUUUAUGUGACAUGUGAAAACGUCGAAAUGUAUUUAAAAAUUUUUAUGACUUUGUGCCUUUUCAAUUUACACUAUGGCUGUGGGGCACUAGAAGAUUUCGUGAAGACCGGUCAUUCCAAUAAUUGGGCAGUAUUAGUGGACACCUCACGUUUCUGGUUUAAUUACCGUCAUGUUGCGAAUGUAUUAUCAAUAUAUCGAAGCGUAAAGCGACUGGGAAUACCAGACUCACAAAUCAUCCUAAUGAUAGCAGACGACAUGGCCUGUAAUCCAAGAAAUCCUAGACCAGCCACUGUCUUCAAUAACAUCAAGCAACAUAUUAAUGUUUAUGGAGACGAUGUAGAAGUAGACUACAGAGGAUACGAGGUCACUGUAGAAAAUUUUGUUAGAUUAUUAACUGGAAGAUUGGCACCAGAAACACCAAGGUCGAAGAAACUAUUAACAGACGAAGGCUCUAACAUUUUAAUCUAUCUCACGGGUCAUGGAGGAAAUGGAUUCUUAAAGUUCCAAGACUCUGAGGAGAUUACUAGUCAAGACCUUGGUGAUGCACUAGAACAAAUGUGGCAGAAGAGAAGAUAUCAUGAAAUAUUGUUUAUUGUUGAUACUUGCCAAGCAAGUUCAAUGUACGAGAAGUUCUAUUCUCCUAACAUUUUAGCUGUUGCUUCCAGUUUGGUGGGAGAAGACUCACUCUCUCAUCACUUGGAUCCAGCCAUUGGAGUUUACAUUAUAGAUAGAUAUACAUAUUACGCGUUAGAUUUCUUAGAGAAUGUAGAACCUUCGAGUACCAAGACUUUGGCAGAGUUUCUCAAAGUAUGUCCUAAGCAUUACUGCUUAUCAACCGUAGGUGUAAGGAAAGACUUGUUCAGAAGAGACCCUGAAAAAGUACCAGUCACAGAUUUCUUUGGCUCGUUAAGGCCUGUAGAGUUAACUACGUCUAUUAUGAACGUUUUACCUGUUAAAACGAAUACCACUGUUAGACCGGAAAAAAAGUAUUCUUAUGCUCCACAGUUUCCAGAUAUAUCACAGUUUACAUAGUACAUAGAGAAAUAAAUGCCAAAGUUAUAAAACAGUCUUAAUAUCUUAAUUCUAAGAAUGCUUAAAUAAAUUACUUUGUACGAUACAAAAUAUGUACAUUUCUUGUUAGUAAAACCGAAAUUUUUCCCCGAUAA